GUGUCCGGGGUAGGCGUGGGCCGGCAGCAGCGACAGCCGAGUGUGUGUGUGGGUGUGUGGGGGCUGCUGUGGGUUAGGGGCAGGCGGCCUGUGACUCGGCGGCGAUCCCCGUCCCCGUCCCCUCCAGUCCCGGCCAUGAUCACCAUGGCGGCCUCGGCCGUGGCGCUGCUGGCGCUGCUGUCGCUGCUACUCUGCUGUCGACGAGGAGAGGCAGUCGGGGCCCAGUCGGAGGGCGAGGGGCGCGGCCGACAGUCCGAUGUUUUGGAUGGAUUAUUAACUGAUUACGACAUACUCUCAUUGUCGGAUAUUCAUCAGCACACUUUGAGAAAGCGUGAUACAGAACCACAGACUCAUUUAGAACAAUCGGUACAGUUCUCAGCUCUGAAUAGAAAUUUUAACUUGUAUUUAACUUCAAACGUGGAGCAUUUCUCUGCAACUUUCAAGGCGAUAGUGGUGGAUGGAGAAGGAAAUGAAGAAGAGUAUCCUGUGCAAUGGGAAAAUUUCUUUUCUGGACAUGUGAUUGGUGAACCAGGUUCAAAAGUCCGUGCUCUUAUUGACGAGAAGGAAUUUACUGCCAGAAUUAUUACUGAUGAAGGAGAAUAUAACAUAGAGCCCCUAUGGAGAUAUAUUGAUACUGCCCCAGUUGAAAAAUUGUUGGCAUACAAAUCUGAAAAUGUCGUGGAAAUUGGACGAUUAAAGUCAUCCAAUGUCUGUGGUUAUAUAAAGCUGAAUGACUCAGAACUUUUGCCAGAAGAUGAUUAUGAUGAAGAGGAUGAUUUUGACAUAGAUGCCUCCACUGAAUAUAUCCAGCGACAAAAAAGACAAAAGGUUCCUCUAGAUCCUGAAAAGAAUACCUGUAAAAUGCUAGUGGUAGCAGAUUACCGUUUUUUCAGGCACAUGGGGCGUGGUGAAGAGAGUAUUACUAUCAAUUAUUUGAUAGAAUUGAUUGACCGGGUAGAUGACAUAUAUCAAAAUACCUCUUGGAAUGAUGCUGGAUUCAAAGGUUAUGGUGUGCAAAUAGAGGAGAUCAUCGUUAAUAAAGAACCAACCAAGGUUUUUUCGGGUGUGAGACACUAUAAUAUGGAACGGACCCAUCCUGUUGGCAAAGAUGCUUGGGAUGUUAAACCUCUGUUAGAGCAAUUCAGCGCCGAUAUAGCCAAAAGUGCAUCAAAAGUUUGCCUUGCACAUUUGUUCACCUACCAAGACUUCGAGCACGGAACACUUGGGCUGGCUUAUGUUGGAUCUCCAAAGCCACAUGCAUUAGGUGGUAUUUGCCCCACACGUAAGUCGAAAUCCUAUGAUCACCCAGUCAUGCGGAAACAAGUUUACCUAAAUACAGGAUUAACAAGUACUAGGAAUUAUGGAAAAACAAUCCUCACUAAGGAAGCCGAUCUCGUCACUGCUCAUGAGUUAGGCCAUAACUUUGGAGCAGAGCAUGAUCCUGAUAGCCAUGAAUGUGCUCCAACUGAUGAUGAUGGUGGCAAAUAUGUCAUGUAUCCUAUUGCAGUGAGUGGUGACCAGAAUAAUAACAAGCUAUUCUCCAACUGCAGCAAACGAUCAAUUUACCAGACUUUAAUUAAUAAAGCAUCCAAGUGCUUUCAAAAAAGGAACAAUAAAGUAUGUGGCAACUCGCGUGUGGAUGAAGGUGAGGAGUGUGAUCCUGGACUUUUACAUCUACACGAGGACAAAUGUUGUACUGAAGUAUGUAAACUCAAGAAAAACAAAAAAUGCAGUGACAAGAACAGCCCCUGCUGCAAGGAUUGCCAAUUUGAAAACGUGGGAAAGCAGUGUCAGGAAGCAAUCAAUGCCACAUGCAAAAGAGAAUCUACUUGCACUGGCACUGACCAUUUAUGUCCUGCUCCUGGUAAUGCGGCAGAUGAGACGAUCUGCGUGGACAUGGGAAAGUGUAAAAAUGGGGAAUGCAUUCCUUUCUGUGAGGCAGAGCAUGGCCUCAGGUCCUGUGCUUGCAAUGAGACUGACGAUUCCUGCAAGGUUUGCUGUAGAGAACAUGGAUUUUGUAAACCAUUCAUCGAUCAAAACAAACUGUUCCUGUAUCUGCGCAAAGGGAAACCCUGUACAGUUGGAUUCUGUGAUGGACAUGGCAAAUGUGAAAAGCAAGUACAAGAUGUGAUAGAACGAUUAUGGGAUUUUAUUGAGAAAUUGGAUAUCAACACUUUUGGGAAAUUCCUAGCUGACAAUAUUGUUGGAUCUGUUGUUGUAUUCUCUCUGGUUUUUUGGAUUCCUCUCAGUAUUCUCGUCCAUUGUGUGGAUAAGAAAUUAGACCAGCAGUAUGAGGAGAGCACAAAAACAUUCUUCCCUCCCAGUAAUGCUGAGAUGUUUAGCAGCCUAGAAUCUGCCUCGGUUCGCAUAGUGAAGCAACCCCCUCUAGCUGCAAGCUGUUUUCAACAACCACCACCACCAAUGCCAGUGGCAUCAGUGACUGUUCCUACCAUCGUGGUGCCAACAAAAUCUGACCACCAUCGGAUGGAUACAAUACAGGAAGACCCUAGUGUUGAUUCUUUAAUUGGAGAUGGUGGGUUAGGUGAAGACCCUUUUCCAAAUAGUAGCAACGCAGCAAAGUCCUUUGAAGAUUUAACAGCACACGGUGCCAGCAGGAGCGACAAGGCAUCUGUCUUUAAAUUACAGCGUCAAACCCGUAUUGACAGUAAGGAAACCGAAUGCUAAUGUUGCUUGAAUGUUUGGUCAAUUUUUAUAAAACACUGAAUUAUUUAUCAUGUGGUUUCUCUUCAUGUGACUUUUGUUAUAUAUCCCAAUUAAUGUGGGCUUAUACCCAGUGUGUGCAGCAUUUUUUUUUAAAGCUAGUAAUGUGUUUCUGACCUGGAACUUUUAUAAUUGCUCGAAGGUAAACAAAGUGGUUCCAUGUACAUGGACCCUCUAUUUAAAAAUGAAAUUUGGCUAGAUCAUAACUUAAGUGUGUGAAAAUAAAGCUUCCAAAAAAUACGUUUUACUUUUUACAACCAUGAAUCUAACAUUUUAUUUUUAAAUUGGGGCAUAUUUGUUAUUGUGGUAAAGAACAGUAAUGGUCAGUUACAUGUUUGCUGUUUGAAAGCACUGAUUCGCUUAUUGCUGCUUUAUAAUUAUAACUAUUGAUCUGUAUCAGUACUUGCACGCAGUGUAGGCUUACUGCUGCAAUGUUGGUCAUUAAAGACUUUAAUUUUUUAUAAGUAUAAAAAAUUGGAACCAUGACUGCAAUGUACUUUAUUAAAGUGUUUGAAUUUUUAA